AUGUCCGCGUCAUUGGAAACGAUCAACCUCUCUCAUCUUCCAUCCUCGUUGCCGGUCCAUGUAGCCUUAUACCGUGACCUGAAGAAUGCACCCUUUUUGCGACAGCAGCUUAUUUCGGGGAACGCGGAGUUUGAAUAUGCCUUCAUUGACGCGAGCAUGGUCCUAUCAAAAACGCAUGCUCUUUCGGCCGUCUUCAGAGCAGUGAAUGACUAUCUGAAUGACCGUCUCAAGUCGCGCAAUGUCCAUUCGGAGACCGUGUUCGCUUUGAAUCCAACCACUAACAUCGCCGAUUCGUUCCGCAAAUUCGGCAUUACGGACUCAACAAAGGAUCUGCUUGUGAUCAAGGUCUCCGUGGACCCAAGCGUCACACACGACACAGUAGCGGCGCAUCUGUCGCAGUACAUUGAGGGCUCUAUGGUGCCGUUCAACGACGAGACAUUGUCCCAGAUCGCCGACGUCGCGAAGAUCAAGAAGGCCUACAAGCUGGGAGCAUUGAAUACUACUCCGGGGAACCAAGCCAAUGGUGUUCAAGAUGACCAAAUGAAACGACUUGAACUUUCCGUGCUGGCCGCCAUCGCGCUGCGGGGAGCGACUUGA